CUGUAAUCUCCGUUUCAUUGUAGCAAUUUUUAAAAUACUGGCCGUGGGGGAUAAUUCUGUCAGAAAAGAUAGGAGUUGUGGUAGAAUGGGAAGAGCAUAAGUCGGGGGAGACCGCGCUAAGGAACACGCGCCAUUAAAGCCUCUACCUUUCUCGGUAAACGCAUGGCAGUAGAUCUGCGCUUCCCUUCCGUCAAGUGGCAGCGAUUCGUGGAGGGGAUCCAAAAUAUAUAGAUGAUAAAGAUACAGAUAUCAUGUCGUAGGAAGAGGCCGGCUGCCCGUUCCCUCAUGCAACUCCUUCCAUGAAAAAUAUGUCCAUCAUGCCGAGUACCAGGUCACAGUCCCAGAGCCAGAAGAUUAUAGACUUUCCAAAGCGAAAAUCAGUCAGGAUACUUCAGAAAUCAUUAGAGAAUAAGAAGGGUUCCCAUUUAGAUGCAGCAAUAUUGCCAACCUCUUUGCCAUCUUCCCCAAAACAGGUCUUACCUCUCAGUCCCCGCAAACGCCUAGGUGAUGAUAAUCUUUGCAAUGUUGCCCACUUAUUACCUUGUACCCCAACUAAGCAGAGUAAAAAAGAAAACAGCUUUCCAGCAACUUCCCCCAGGGCCCAGACUUUACUCUUCGGUGAACAUUCAGGCUCCAGGACUCCCACCAAGUUCAGCAGUUUGGUUCAGUCUCCAGUACAAAGGAGCCAAGAAACACCUACUAGUAUGAAGUGUUACUCUCUUAAAAAAGAGCGAGUACGAACUCAGCUGUUUAAGCCAGAAGGCACCUAUUAUCAACAGGCAAAGAGUCUUCUUCAUACAGCUGUUCCAGACCAAUUGCUUGCAAGGGAAAAAGAAACAGGUAUCCUGCAAGGAUUCCUCCUGGAACAUGUCUGCAGGAAGAAGCCUGGAAGCCUUUAUAUAUCUGGACCUCCUGGCACUGGGAAAACUGCUUGCCUCAACAGAGCUUUGCUUGAUUUGAAGACAGAACUUACUGGAAUUCAGAUCACAGUCUUAAAUUGCAUGGCUUUAAGGAGCUCCCAAGAUGUCUUCCCAGCAAUUGCCGAAAAGUUGGGCCUGGCUGGAGUUGCCAAAGCAGCCAAAGGUGAUGUCAUCAGAAAGCUGGAGAAAUGGUUGACAUCAAAAAGUGCAUCGAUGGCUUUGGUUGUAUUAGAUGAGAUGGACCAGUUGGAUAGUAAGGGACAAGAUGUUCUCUAUACCGUAUUUGAAUGGCCUUCCCUUCCCAACUCUCGGCUCGUUCUCAUUGGUAUAGCUAAUGCUCUGGAUCUCACCGAUCGCAUCCUGCCUCGCCUGCAGACCCGACCUUUGUGCAAACCACAGCUACUAAACUUUCCCCCAUACAGCAAAGAUCAGCUGGCUUCUAUUCUCCAGGAACGCUUGAAAAAGGUGUCAGGGGAGCAGGUGUUGGACAAUGCUGCUAUCCAGUUCUGUGCUAGAAAAGUCUCAGCCUUCUCUGGGGAUGCCCGCAAAGCACUGGACAUCUGCAGGAGGGCCAUUGAAAUUGUGGAGUCAGAUGUGAGGACCCAAGCAAUACUUAAACAAAUGCCUGCCUCUGAUUCCAGCCCUGUGACUUCCAUCAAAUCUCAUUCCAAAGCAGCUGCAGUCUGUGGAGGGCUCAAACGAGUGGGCCUGUGUCACGUCUCCCAAGUGAUCUCCGAUGUGUAUGGUGACCGGAUGGCAACUGGUAACAGUUAUGGUGAUGCUUCUUCCUUCCCACUGCAACAGAAGAUUUUAGUCUGUUCUCUGCUGCUCUUAGCCAAGCAACAGAAUACCAAAGAAGUUAACCUAGGAAAGCUGCAUGAAGCCUACAGCAGAAUUUGUCAGAAACAGAAAGUAGGACCUGUUGACCAAUCGGAGUGCCUCUCACUCUCAGCUCUUUUGGAAUCUAGGGGCAUUGUGGGACUCAAAAAGGCUAAAGAAGCACGACUGUCUAAGGUUUUUCUGAAAAUAGAAGAGAAGGAUUUGGAACAUGCCCUCAAGGAUGGAAUCUUGGUUGGAAGCAUUUUGGCAGGGGGGCUUUAAAACUGUUGCUUUGUUCCCUUCUACAACACAAUGCCUCAUACGUCUAUUAACCUUAGGAAUCGACUUCAUCAAGACACACAUAGGGGUGCAACGUGCAAAAUAUUUGGACCAUUGGCUUUUUAAACAAUGAAUUGCCCAAUUUUCAAGGUUUUUUUUAAAAAAAUUACCUUUUGAUUAUGCAUCACUCUCAUUUGGAGAUUUAUUUUUGAAUACCAGAAAUAUUUUCCCUUCUUUCCCAGCCACAACGCAGUUAACCUUUCUCUGCUGCCCCUUCCCUCUACAAAUAUGGAACUGCCAAUGUGAUAUUUGUCUCCGUGAUUAAUAGCAGAGAUGAGAAAGGAUGAAAGAUGUCAGUAAGAGAUCCCAUUUGCAGAUGCAGCCAUUAAUGUUGCAAUAGAAAAUAAGAAUGUAGUAGCUUGAGUUCUUUUGAAGUUGGGCUGCUUCAAUGAGCUAGAUGUCAUUCAUACUGAGGCUUAGCCUCUUGAGAGCUACAAAGGGGCUUAGCCAUAGCACACAGGCACACACACAUUGUUGAGGGCCCUUGAACAUCUUAAUGUUUCUGAACUGUGGCUACAAUCUUAGCACCAAAACUAGUUUCAGAUCUGGAGCAAAGAGUCAAUUUUAUUUUUGAGCCAUUUAUUUUGAAAAGUUGAAUUAAUUGAAUAGUUUGAUUUGUAUGAAUAAAAUUUUUACUAAGCCCAGUGUGGAUUUUCUGAAUUGGAAUCUACUUGUUUGUAUACAUAUAUAUGAAUGAUCAGAAUUGGUUUGUUUUAAUUGCAAAGCCAUUUAUAGUUACACCUCACUUGCAGUGCCUUUCUCCACUGAUUAACUCAGAAUUGUUCUGAUUUAUUGAAAUACGUACAACCCGAUGUUUUUAACAGUUGCAAUUAUUUGCUAUUGCUUUAAUUUACAAAUUAAAAUAAGUCAAUUUUGCAAUUGUGAAGUUUAAGAUAUAUGCUUGGUUCAGUAGUUACUCAUUUACACUGUUUAGCAAUUUUCAUUAGAGUUGUAUGGCUUUCUGGUUUGGUGGGUGUGUCUACAUAUCCCAUUAAUUGUGGGCUUGUCCUAUGCUCCGUUUUAAAUAUACUUGAAAUUUGUAUGUCUAACAUAUUAGCUUGUUCCAGAUUAUGCAUAUUUUAGCAGCUAUCACUAUUGUUCUCUUGGAGUUUAGAAGACUACCCACUACAUCAUUUUCAGGAUAUGCAAUUCUGUAACAAAUAUUGUUAAAUUUUAGUGAGAAUACUAGUAUUAAUAAAGAGCUGGGGGCUUUCAGUUUAAUUAGUGCUCUCCCCUAAAUUUUUAUACUGCCUAAUUUUCCACAAAGCUGCUCAUGUGGCCAUAGCAAGAGAUGUAUUACAUGUGGUUUUUUGGCAUAUACAUUUUAUAGCCUCCUUGUUCAGCUUUGGUGGAAUGGGAUGACUUGACCCAUCUGCAUCCCUGAUGGCCGACUCCUGUAAACCACAAUGCCAUCAGAUGUUAAAAAUCCAUGACAGUGUUAAGAGAAACCAGCCUAGCCCCAUAAAAACAAAGGGAGAUUUUGUGGUUGUCUCUCCUGGCCACUAACUGAGUGGUUAACCAUUGCAAUAUAUCCAACAAUAGAAAAAUGCUGAAGCCUACUAACAUGAAAUAAAAUGUUAACUUAUGAGAACUCAAAUUCUAAUUGAUACACUAUUGUAUACAGGAUUUGGAGAACCAAAAUUAGUCUUUGGACUUCUAAGAUUAUCAAGCAUACUGCUCAUAUAAGCCAGUUUUCAAAGAGUUAAUGGCCUAGAACAGCCACAGCUAAUAGAAAGCAGACUUUAGAAAGAAUUGGAAGCAGAUGGGCAGAUGGAUUUUAAAUCAUAUUUUUCUUCCUGCUAGGACCUUGAAAGUGAUUCAAUACUCACUACAACAGCAUGUAUACCUAUUGUCUUCGUGUUUUGCAUGUAUGUGCAUAUUGGUCUAUACCUAAGAAAAUGCCUCCUUCCAGUAGGUAUUUCAGGUCUUAUGCACUGGUAAUAUUUUGUGCAUCAGGGAGGUUUUUGUAUCCAUUGUUCAUUUGUUCUGAGAUAGCAGUUCUUAAAUCAUCCUUCUCAUUUGGUCUGAUUUUUAAGAAAAUAUAAGAAUCAGCUCUCAAGUUGAUAGCUUUAUUAAUUUGAGUUGUGGGGAGUUCUGUUAGAUAAUUGCAUUUAAAACCUAAAAAUGAAAAAAGUGAUGGGAAAUUUAGUAACUGCUGAGGAGAAGACACAUGGACUUUGCUACUGAUAAUAAUUUUAACUCUGGAGGUGAUGAGUGUUUCUGAUUAUUUAAAACAAAGGGGUUGGAGUUUUUUUGCUGAAAGAAACACAUUCUGCUAAAGAGUCAUUCUGAACUAGUUAAGACUGGCAGGUUGAGAGCCUUGCUCCAAAAAUCAGAAUAUUGGCUUUGGAGAGUCUUCAGAUUUUGCAAAGCUUAAAGAACCUAUUUUGUACAUUAACACCC